GCAUCAUCAUCUUCGUCAUCAGCAAAGCUAAAAAGAGUCAAAGUCCCCAAAGCCCGAGACUCUUCUCUUCGAUAACCCUAAAAUUAUUUUCUCUAAUACUGUACCUCUCAAAUUUUUCAAUCCAAAAAUCUUUCAAGCAUUGGCUAUCAUUUCUUGUUUCAUGCUGAUGAGCUAAAAAUUUGUCGUUUUGGAUAAAUGCAGUAUAUCUAUUCACAUUCUGUCACUGUUGAGGGAGUUGUAUCGCAUUAACCAAGAGAUAUUAAAUGCUUGAGCUUCUUGUAGUUUGUUGAUGCUGAAAGCAGCAUGCCGGUGAUAGUUGGGAGAAAUGCAACGGUAUCAUCCUACCAACUGCACUAGUGCUGUUAAUAACAGUGCAAUAGGUGGGGCAUCAGCUAGGGAUGCUUCCCGAACUGAUUCAUCUUCGCUGUCUUCUAACUUCCCUGUAAAUUCUAGGCGGUCAAAUUCGUUAACACCAUACAAGUUGAAGUGUGAUAAAGAACCUUUGAAUUCCAGGCUUGGGCCACCCGAUUUUCACCCUCAAACUCCAAAUUGCCCCGAGGAGACUCUCUCUGGAGAAUAUGUGCAGAAUGGAUACAAGGAGACUGUUGAAGGACUUGAGGAAGUCAGGGAGAUUUCACUGUCUCAGGUUCCAAUUUUUAAUAAGCCUGUUGUCCUGAAGUGCAGAGAGGCAAUCAGAAAAUGUCUAAGGGCCAUUAAUGAAUCUCGAGCUCAAAAGCGUAAGGCUGGUCAAGUUUAUGGCGUGCCUCUUUCUGGUUCACUUUUAUCUAAGCCUGGUGCCUAUCCUGAGCAGAGGCAAUGUGGUGAAGAUUUCAAGAAGAAAUGGAUUGAGGGUUUAUCACAACAACAUAAACGAUUACGUUCUUUGUCCGACCAUGUUCCUCAUGGUUAUAGGAAAAGAUCCUUAUUCGAAGUACUUAUUCGAAAUAAUGUUCCAUUGCUGAGAGCAACUUGGUUUAUCAAAGUAACUUAUCUUAAUCAGGUCCGUCCCAGUUCAGCUAAUAUUUCUUCUGGGGCUCCUGACAAAAGUCAGCUGUCUCGCACUGAGCUCUGGACAAAAGAUGUUAUUGAUUACUUGCAAUACCUCCUGGAUGAGUUCAUCACAAGAAAUAAUUCUCAUUCUACUCAACACUCCAGAGAUCGAUCCCCACAAGUGCUUUAUGCUGGGUCUGUUUUGCAAAGGAGUGAUCCAGCAGCAGUUGUUGAUGGUGAGGAGCCUUCCCUGCAUUUUAAAUGGUGGUAUGUGGUGCGGCUUGUGCAAUGGCACCAUGCAGAAGGGCUGCUUCUUCCUUCUCAUAUUAUCGACUGGGUUCUAAACCAACUGAAGUUUCAGGAGAAAGAAUUGCUUGAGAUUUUGCAGUUGGUAUUGCCUAUUAUUUAUGGUGUUUUAGAAACUAUUGUAUUAUCGCAAACAUAUGUACGGUCCCUUGUUGGAAUAGCUAUUCAUCUUAUUCGUGAACCUUCGCCUGGUGGAUCCGAUCUUGUAGAUAAUUCUCGGAGGGCAUAUACAAUGUCUGCUUUAGCUGAGAUGCUUCGAUAUCUAAUACUGGCUGUACCUGAUACAUUUGUUGCAUUAGAUUGUUUCCCAUUACCACCUUGUGUAGUAUCGUAUGCAGUAAGUGAUGGAAAUUUUAUGUCAAAGGCAUCUGAAGAUGCAGGAAAGAUAAAGAAUAGCUCAACUGAUGUUGCUUGUGUGGUUAGAUGGAAAGGGGUUGAUGCUCAGUAUCAAUCCUUUUCCUUUGAUCGUGUCAUUUCUGCCAUUCAGAGACGUGCGGAUAAUCUUGCAAAGGGUGCUAGCCCUGGCUACCCUGGUCACAGUGUUGCUAAAGCUGUACAGGCCUUGGAUAAAACACUUCUGCAAGGAGAUGUCAGAGGGGCUUAUAAAUAUCUUUUUGAAGAUCUUCGUGAUGGAGCUGUUGAUGAAGGUUGGAUGGCGGAAGUCAGUCCAUGCUUAAGAUCAUCGCUGAAGUGGAUUGGGGCUGUAAGCUUGUCCUUUGUUUGCUCUGUAUUCUUCCUUUGUGAGUGGGCAACAUGUGAUUUCAGAGAUUUUCGAACUGCCCCACUGCAAGAAGUUAAGUUCACUGGUAGAAAAGAUUUUUCACAAAUAUAUGUUGCUAUUCGAUUGUUGAAGCUAAAGAUAAGAGAUUUGCAUACUUCACCACGACUCAAGUCUGAGAGCGUUGCAAAAUUUCCCAACCAGCAGAAUAGUUAUACUGGGAGGAAAUUUUUGGGAAGUGGAUAUGAAAUAAAAAAUGUGAAACGUUUGGAUGGAAUGAGAAUACACUCAUCAGACAUUUUUGAAAGUCCUGGUCCUUUACAUGAUAUCAUUGUAUGUUGGAUUGAUCAACAUGAAGUUCACAAAGGAGAGGGUGUCAAGCGCCUUCAGCAUUUCAUAUGUGAACUUGUACGGUCUGGCAUUUUUUACCCGCAGGCAUAUGUGAGGCAGCUGAUAGUUAGUGGAAUUUUGGAUAAGAAUGGUCCUAUGGUUGACCUGGACAGAAGGAGGAGACACCAUCGAAUUCUGAAGCAGCUGCCUGGAUUGUUUCUGCGUGAUGCUUUAGAAGAGGCAAGGAUUGCUGAAGGACCUCAACUUGUAGACGCCAUGAAUAUUUACUCAAAUGAGCGUUGUGUUGUACUUCGUGAGCUUCUUGGUGGUCAAUAUCACAAUGUGAAUGUAUCCUCUCAGAAGCUAAAGUCUAAUCAGACCCAUGGAAGAGAGGGUAUUGCUCCUGCUAGAGCUGAUCAGUGGAAAACUUUCCGGUCUUGUUCUAGUAAAUCUUCUGGUAAAAAUGUGAAGAGUGAUGCUGACAUUGAAGAACUGAAGACUUCCAUUUCAGUUCUGCUGCAGCUCCCAAGUUCAUCGGCUACAUCUGUAGACACAGGACUGGAUGAAUCUCAAGGGAGUGUGAAAAGGCCUUUGGGAACAGCAGGCAACAAAAUGGAUCCAUCAGAAGGUACACCUGGAUGUGAAGAUUGUAAACGUGCAAAGAGACAAAAGUUAAGUGAGGAAAGGAGUUCAUUUCUUCAAAUGGCUUCACCAAUUCAAUCUGAUGAUGAAGAUAUGUGGUGGGUGAGGAAGGGACCCAAACCCAUAGAGUCAUUCAAAGUUGAUCCACCACUUAAGUCAACCAAGCAGGUGUCUAGAGGUCGGCAGAAGACCGUGCGCAGAACUCAAAGUCUUGCUCAGAUAGCAGCUGCUAGGAUUGAGGGUAGCCAGGGAGCAUCAACAAGUCAUGUAUGUGACAGUAAGGUAAACUGUCCUCACCAUAGGACUGGAACAGAAGGAGAAACUCUUAAGUCUAUGGAUGGGGUCAGGACUACCCAUUAUGGAGAUAUUGUUUCAAUUGGAAAGGCUUUAAAGCAACUGCGUUUUGUAGAAAAGAGGACAAUCACAGUUUGGUUGGUAUCUGUGGUUGGGCAGCUUGUUGAAGAUUCUGAGAAGACUGCUGCCAAGGUUGGCCAAUUUAGUAGGUCUUACGUUCCUGUUGAUGAUAGAAGCUCUAUACGGUGGAGGCUUGGUGAGGAUGAGCUGUCUGCUCUGCUGUAUUUUAUGGAUGCUUGUAAUGACUUAGUUUCUGCUGCCAAAUUUCUUCUUUGGUUGCUGCCAAAGGUUCUUAGUAGUCCCAGUUCAACAAUACACAGUGGAAGGAAUAUUCUGAUGCUUUCACGGAAUGCUGAAAACCAUGUCUGUGAAGUGGGGGAGGCAUUUCUGUUAUCAUCAAUUCGCAGGUAUGAGAACAUACUUAUUGCAACAGAUCUUAUUCCUGAAGCCUUGUCAGCAACAAUGCAUCGUGCUGCAGCAGUUAUGACCUCUAAUGGAAGAGUUUCUGGUUCAGCGGCCUAUGGGUAUGCAAGGUAUCUGCUAAAGAAAUACAACAAUGUGGCCAGUGUCAUUGAAUGGGAGAAAAAUUUUAAGUCAACAUGUGAUAAGAGACUCCUUUCUGAGCUUGAAUCCGGACGAUCUCUGGAUGGAGAGUUUGGAUUUCCGCUUGGUGUCCCACCAGGAGUUGAAGAUCUUGAUGAUUAUUUCCGUCAAAAAAUAAGCGGUGGCCGAGUAUCAAGAGUGGGUUUGAGUAUGAAAGAUGUUGUGCAACGGCAUAUGGAUGAUGCCUUUCACUAUUUCUUAGAAAAAGAGAGAAAACACUUGGCAGCUGGUUCACCGAAAGGACCUGCCAUAGAAAAAUCAGAUGAGGAAUUUCAGGUCGCCCAACAAAUAAUAAUUGGAUUGAUGGAGUGCAUUAGGCAGACCGGUGGUGCUGCUCAGGAAGGAGAUCCAUCUUUGGUGUCAUCUGCAGUUUCUGUCAUUGUUGGUAAUGUAGGACCGAUUAUGGCAAAAAUACAUGAUUUUCCGGCUGGAAGCAAUUAUCAAAAUUAUCCAUCUACUACAGGUUCCUUAAACUUUGCUAGGCGCCUUUUGCGAAUACACAUUACUUGCUUAUGCUUACUUAAGGAAGCUCUUGGAGAGCGUCAAAGCCGGGUAUUUGAGAUAGCUCUUGCAACGGAAGCUUCUUGUGCUCUUGCUGGAGUUUUCUCUCCUGGAAAGGCUUCUCGUGGUCAGUUUCAAUUGUCUCCUGAAGCCCAUGAUUCCAGUCCAAGUAUGCCCAAUGAUAUUUUAAAUAAUUCUUCAAAAGUAGUGCUAGGGAAAGCAACAAAAACUGUAGCUGCUAUUUCUUCACUGAUCAUUGGUGCUGUUCUUCAUGGAGUUACUAGCCUGGAAAGAAUGGUUACUGUCUUUCGACUGAAGGAAGGGUUGGACGUAAUUCAGUUUGUAAGGAGUACAAAGUCCACCUCUAAUGGUAAUGCCCGUUCAAUUGGGACUUUUAAAGUGGACAACUCAAUUGAAGUUUAUGUGCAUUGGUUUAGGCUGCUUGUGGGGAACUGCAGAACUGUAUGUGAUGGACUAGUUGUGGACCUUUUGGGUGAACCAUCUAUAGUAGCUCUUUCAAGGAUGCAGAGAAUUCUUCCUCUUAGCUUGGUCUUUCCACCUGCCUUUUUAAUAUUUGCCUUUGUUAGGUGGAAGGCAUUAAUUGUACAUGGUAACCUUGCAAACCGUGAAGACAUUCAUCAGUUGUAUCAAUCUUUAACACUGGCGAUUAGUGAUGCCAUAAGGCACUUGCCUUUCAGGGAUGUUUUUCUGAGAGACAGUCAGAGUUUCUAUGAUCUUGUAGCUGCAGAUUCCACUGAUGCUGAGUUUGUAGCCAUGCUAGAGUUGAAUGGUUUGGACAUGCUCUCGAAAGCCAAGGCAUUUGUUCCUCUGCGUGCAAGGCUUUUUCUGAAUUCUAUCAUUGAUUGUAAAAUGCCACAUUUUGUAUAUAAACAGGAUGACGUGAAUCGGGGUUCUGGGCAUGGUGAUUCCAAAGGGCAACAUGUAGAAAAUGAAACAAAACUUUUGGAUAAGCUUGUAAAUGUAUUGGAUGCUCUGCAACCUGCAAAAUUCCAUUGGCAGUGGGUUGAGCUCAGGCUUCUUUUGAAUGAACAAGCUCUCAUUGAGAAAGUGGAGAACCAUGAUAUGCCCUUAGCUGAUGCCAUCCGCUCAUUGUCGCCUAGUCCUGAAAAAGCUGCUGCUUCUGAAAAUGAGAACAAUUUUAUUGAGAUAAUCCUUACAAGGUUAUUAGUUAGACCAGAUGCUGCUCCCCUGUUCUCAGAAUUAGUCCAUCUCUUUGGGAGGUCACUGGAGGAUUCAAUGUUGUUGCAGGCUAAAUGGUUCCUUGGGGGGCAUGAUGUUCUUUUUGGGCGGAAAACCAUUAGACAGCGUCUCAUAAAUAUUGCCGAGAGUAAAGGCCUUUCAACUAAAGCUCAGUUUUGGAAGCCUUGGGGUUGGUCUAAUUCUGGUUGUGGUCCUUCGUUAAACAGGGGAGAUAAGAAGUUGGAAGUUGCCUCACUUGAAGAAGGAGAGGUUGUUGAUGAAGGCGUGGACUCAAAACGAUAUGGCAAAGGGUCAACACAUAUGCUUGAUUCUGAGGGUAUCAUUACCAGCCAGCAGCAUGUGACUGAGAGGGCAUUCAUUGAACUAGUUCUUCCUUGCAUAGAUCAAAGCUCUGAUGACUCACGCCAUACCUUUGCAAGUGAUUUGAUCAAGCAGUUGAAUACCAUUGAGCAACAAAUAAAUGCAGUAACUCGUGGAGCAAGUAAGCUGGCUGGAUCAACUCCUUCCGGAAUUGAAGGUCUUACAAAUAAAAGCAAUAAUCGCAAAAGUAUAAGAGGUGGAAGUCCUGGAUUGGUUAGACGAGCAGCAGGUACAGCAGAUUCUGCUCCACCCUCCCCUGGUGCUUUGCGAGCUUCUAUGUCAUUGCGGUUGCAGUUUCUUCUGAGAUUGCUGCCUAUCAUAUAUGCAGAUGGGGAGCCAUCUGGACGGAACAUGAGGCACAUGCUUGCCACUGUAAUUCUUCGCCUCCUUGGAAGUCGGGUUGUGCAUGAGGAUGCAGAUCUCUCCUUUUAUCCCAUGCAGAGCUUUCAGUCUAAGAGGGAGAUGGAGUCACCACCUGAAAAUUCUUCUGUACCUUUGAUGGACUUGUCUGGGGAAAGUCUGUUUGAUCGGUUAUUAUUAGUCCUGCAUGGGUUGUUGAGUAGUUGCCAACCAAGCUGGUUGAGGUCAAAGCCUGCAUCCAAGUCAAGCAACUUGUCCAAGGAUUCUUUUGGAUUUGAUCGUGAGAUGGUGGAGAGUUUGCAGAAUGACUUAGAUCGCAUGCGACUACCUGACACAAUUAGAUGGCGUAUCCAAGCUGCCAUGCCGAUAUUACUACCUUCUGUGCGGUGCUCCAUCACUUGCCAGCCUCCAUCUGCCCCGGUUUCUGCUCUUGCUUCGCUUCAACCGAGCAUCUCAAUUUCCGGGGUAUACCCUGGAAAUUCAAACACACCUCAGAGAAAUCCAGUGCCCUUGGCAAGAACUGCUGCUAACUCAGUGAAGUCCAAGACAUUGCCAUUGCAGCAGGAUAAUGAUAUGGAAGUUGAUCCGUGGAUACUCCUUGAAGAUGGUGCAGGAUCAGUUCCGUCUUCUAGUAACACUUCUGUAAUAGGCAGUGGUGAUCAUGCUAAUCUUCGAGCUGCCAGCUGGCUUAAAGGGGCCAUAAGGGUGAGGCGCUCAGACCUCACAUACAUUGGUGCUGUGGAUGAUGAUAGCUGAUUUUAGGUUAACUUCAUUUUUGAUUUGGUCUGGAGUAAGCAAACCGCUCAACAGGUAAAUCUAUGUUCUCAUUGCGCCUUCUCGCUUUUGGUGUUGAUGGGAGCUGUUGAAAGGGGCGUCAUUUUUGGAGAGAGAAGGGGUGGUCGACGUUGGGUCCCUGUGAAAAAAUGUAAAGAUGUGCUCACACGGCCAUCUGCCCUGGUAUUGGGCCUGCUUGACUGACUAACCCUUUGAUCACCCCAAUCUGGACCAUGCACUAGCAGGUGUGGUUCGGAAACUUCGUUGUAUAUAUAGAGAUAAAUUGUUUCACUUUACUGAUUGGUCUCUGAGUA